AUGCGCGUCCGUCCUGCCAUGUCUGCCACAGAGGAGCGCGGCCCGAUUCCAUGUGGCCAGGACGGAGCUGGUGGCUGGGCGGGUGGUGACCCCAGUCCCCUCGGGGUCCGCGCAUCCCCUUCGGGAGGGAUGGAUGGAGUUGAGGGGGCCGCGGCUUUUCCGGCCUCCCUGGAGCUCUCCAGAGCCCUUCACGGGGAGGAUGGUGGGCAGGAGGCCGCCCAGGCCGCAGUGGAAGAAGACUGGGAUGUAGAGCUGGUGGAGGAGGAGGAGGAGGAGGAGGAGGAGGAGGAGGAAGUGUUUGAAUUAGAGAUCGAGGACCAGGAGGAGGAUGAGUACCAGUCAGAAGAGGGAGACGAAACUGAGGAAGAGGUCGAGGAGGAGGAAGAGACAGAAGAGGAGGACGAGAAUGGGCACGAGGGCGCGGGAGUGGUCGCGGGCCACGGGGCCCCUACGGCGCAGUUUCAGUCCCUGUUCCGGGAUCUGGUCCAUUGCCGUGUGCACCACAGCCACUACAACGACCGUGUCCUGGUCGGGCCCCACACCGGCCGCGUGAUGGUCAGGCGCCACUCCCGACGGCCCUCGGACCCUGCAGAGGAUGCCGCGCCUCCUCAGGAGCAGGAAGACCUGGGAGAGGCAGGUGAGGUCUGGCGGGGCGAGUACCAGGCAGAGGGCAGCCCGCCCUGGGAGCCGCAGGAACCUGCAGAGGGGGCGGCAUCCCAGAAGGCAGAGGAACCAGCGGCGGCGGCCGAGUUCUGGGCGGGCGAGGUCCUGGCUGAUGCCUCCGAGUCGUGGGAGGCUGGGGCGUGUGGACCUGACGACGGGGCCGAGGCUGGCGAGGGGCGGCCCAGUCCCCAGGCCCUUGCAGCCCCUGCUGGGGCAUCGGCCUGA